AUGGGUGAUAUGUUCUCCCAGCUGGGCUGUCAGAAAGAUGAAAUCAAGUCAAUACUGCCCCCCAACUCGGCCAUUGGUGAUACAGCUCCCAGCUACUCCAGCUUUGGAAGCAGCAAAUCUUUUUGUUCCUGUGUGCCUGCUAGUGCCAAAUUUGUGCCCUGCCCUACCUGCCAAGGCAGUGGGGAAAUCCCCCGAGAGCUGGAGGAGCAGCUGGUGGCCCUCAUCCCCUAUGGGGACCAGAGGCUGAAGCCCAGACACACGAAGCUCUCUGUGUUCCUGGCAGUGUUCAUCUGCCUGAUGACUUCCUCCUCUAUCAUCUUUUUCCUGUUUCCCCGGUCCAUUGGUGUGCAGCCUGCAGGCCUCAACUCCUCCACCGUGGCCUUUGAUGAGUCUGACAUCCACCUCAACAUGACGAGUAUCUUGAAUAUCUCCAAUACCAACUACUACCCCAUCACUGUGACCCAGCUGACCAUCGAGGUUCUGCACCUGUCCCUUGUGGUAGGACAAGUUUCCAACAGUCUCUUCCUACACAUUGGCCCUUUGGCCAGUGAACAGGUGUUUUAUGCAGUAGCCAGCAGAAUACAGGAUGAAAACACAUACAAAAUCUGUACCUGGCUGAAAAUCAAAGUCCACCAUGUACUUUUGCACAUCCAACAUGACAACAAAGCCUGCUUCCUCUCCAGGGGCACCUUGACCUGGUCCCACCUGAGCCAUUCAGAGCAGCUAGUCUUUGACAGCUAUGAAUAUGUGGACUGCCGGGGAAACAUGUCAGUGCCACACCUGCUGAUCCCUCACCCACCGUGACCCAACUGCUGUCCCUGUACCCUGGGCACCUGCAAACCUGGUCCACAACUCCACAGUGCCCCAAGAAGGACUGCAGUGACUCCCAAAGGAAGAGCCUCACUUUUCAUCCCUUCCCACACCCUCAGCACAGGGAGCUUUGUGUGAUGUUAACUGCAUACACACACACACCCUCUGAUUUCUAAAGUUCUUUUAGAGCAUCAGCUUCUGCCUUGGUCUGUCUUGAAGAAAGUCUGUCUUCCCUGGGGCAUUCCUUGGAGUCCAUUGACUGGUACCUGCCCUUUCUGUGCUGAGCAUGUUGAUUGCACAGCUCUACUGCGACACGUCCUCCACCUGUCUGAACAUGGGAAAAGCUGUAGUUUUAUCUGGCUUUUAAAACAUUGACCCUUUUUAGGUUCUCCACCCAGUGAUAAGAAAGUGUCUUGGGGACAUCCAAUAAUAUCUACAAGGCCCUCAGAUGUUCCCCUGUGCCUCUCUGCUUUGCUCAUAUGACACAGUGAUGGUGGUAGCCUCUUCUCUCUGGUAACUUGUCCUCCACCCAUCUAACGGAGUGGCAAGCCCUUUAACCCCCCGUUAGUGGGUUAGUGACUAUCCCUGGUUUCUAGGAAGAAAAAGCUGCCUGCAUCAAAAGCUUUUCCUUUAGACAGAACAAUUGUACUUUUAUUUCAUGGCAGGAGUUAAAGUAAAAGGGGAGGGGAAGGAGGCACCUGGCACCCCCAAGUCUACACAAGAAAGAAGUUAUGGCCAGAAUCAUUUUCAAAUGUGUUUAUCAAAGUUUCUAAGCCCACAAGCCAGAGUCUAUGUGAGUGGACCCAGGCAGUUCAAACUGGGCCCAGCUUCUGUCUUGUGAAAGCCUGCAGGGGGUGAAGCUCUCAGUGUCUAGACAAAACUUCUGGGCUCUGUUCCACUUCCUCCUCUGCCCCAGAUCCCACCCUCUGCUCCGAACAGCCCCUGCUCUCCAGGCUUUGUCACAAGGAGCCCAUCCACGAGGACCAGGCUAGAGCCUCCCUUUCCUGUUGGUCAGGUAAUUCCCAGGUUCCCAUAGGGCUUCAAGUGGAGGUGAUUUUGGUAGUUGAGCAAAGCAGGAAUGAUAUCUGUUCUCUAAAUAAGGUUAGGCCUUUACAUGUGGAGUGACAAACCUAGGCAGUAGAUGAAAGCUGAAUUUGGAGUAAGGUAAAUGGAGGGGACUGUGGUAAAAGAACUAGCAGACUAGCUGGGGCUGUGAGGGGGAGGAAGGAAUCUGCUGGCUCUAAGCUCACACCUGGAUAGUUGGGGUUAAGCUGGUGCCAACAAGAGUGCAGAAGUCCAAGGAGUCCAGCCUGAAGCUUCUGUAUAUAGGUCAUCAAAUGUAAAAGAUUUAUAUUAUACUCAAUAAACUACAUUCAACUGUG